GGGGAAGCACGCGACAAAAAGAUGAUUCCGAGAGCUCUUCUGACACCAGAAGGGCCCUGGUGACAGCUGCGGGCAGCCUUUCGGAGCCAGACGCACCGGGUCCCCGGGAGCCCCCGCGGCCUGUGCCGGGCGGGCCUGUGUGUCGGAAUUGAGUAGGGGAGGGCCGGGGUGGAGCCGGAGCCCGGCCGGCGCCGUGCCUAGUCCUGGGCCCGGGCGGUUCGUCCUGGUCGUCCCAGGAGCUGUGGGCCCAGAAGGCCUGGGACUAAUCAGGAAAUCGUAGCGGAGGGUUUACAGUAAUCGGAUUGCUUAUGAAAUGUUUACCCCUCCUUUGCUGCCGGCUGCGAAGUUCAUUACCUUAGAAAUCAACACAAGGGCAUGUGGGAUUUAGAAAGGAGCAGUGAAAAUUAUGAAAUUACGAAUGUGUCCUUUGGAUGUUAAAUCCAUUGCACCAAGCAUGAGCUGGGUGAUCUGCCUAGAGAUCAGAGGCAAUUAUUUCCAGUCAGAGAAGGAAACCAGAGCCUGGCAUUCUCACCAGCUUUUCACCUGCCAUGAUCAAGUGCUUGUCAGCUGAAGUACAAGCCAAAUUGCGUGCUGGCUUGGCAAUAAACUCCUUAGGCCAAUGUGUUGAGGAACUUGCCCUCAACGGUAUUGAUGCUGAGGCAAAAUGUGUGGCUGUCAGGGUGAAUAUGGACACCUUCCAAGUUCAAGUGAUAGACAAUGGAUUUGGGAUAGGGAGUGAUGAUAUGGACAAGGUGGGAAAUCGUUAUUUCACUAGUAAAUGCAGCUCAUUACAGGACUUGGAGAAUCCCAGGUUUUAUGGUUUCCGAGGGGAGGCCUUGGCAAGUAUAGCUGACAUGGCCAGUGCUGUGGAAAUUUCGUCCAAGAAAAACAGGACAAUGAAAACCUUUGUGAAAUUGUUUCAGAAUGGAAAAGCCCUGCAAGCUUGUGAAGCUGAUUUGAGUAGACCAAGUGCUGGGACAACAGUAACAGUGUAUAACUUGUUUUACCAGUUACCUGUAAGAAGGAAAUGCAUGGAUCCUAGACUGGAGUUCGAGAAGGUUAGGCAAAGGAUAGAAGCGCUCUCACUCAUGCACCCUUCCAUUUCUUUCUCUUUGAGAAAUGAUGUUUCCGGUUCCAUGGUUCUUCAGCUCCCUAAAACCAAAGACGUGUGUUCCCGAUUUUGUCAGAUUUAUGGACUGGGGAAGUCCCAAAAGUUAAAAGAAAUAAAUUUUAAAUAUAAGGAGUUUGAGCUUAAUGGCUAUAUCAGCUCUGAAGCACAUUACAAUAAGAAUAUGCAGUUUUUGUUUGUGAACAAAAGACUAGUUUUAAAGACAAAAUUGCAUAAACUCAUUGACUUUUUAUUAAGGAGAGAAAGUAGUAUAUGCAAGCCAAAGAACGGCCCUGCCAGUAGGCAAAUGAAUUCAAGUCCUCGGCAUCGUUCUACCCCAGAACUCUAUGGGAUAUAUGUAAUCAAUGUGCAGUGCCAAUUUUGUGAGUAUGAUGUGUGCAUGGAGCCAGCAAAAACUCUGAUUGAGUUUCAAAACUGGGAUACACUCUUGAUUUGCAUUCAGGAAGGAGUGAAAAUGUUUUUAAAGCGAGAAAAAUUAUUUGUAGAAUUAUCGGGUGAGGACAUUAAGGAAUUUAGUGAACAUAAUGAUUUUAGUUUAUUUGGUGCUACUCUUCAGAAGCAUGUGUCUUCUGAUGAGAAACGUGACCAGGCCAGUUUCCAGGAAGCAUGUAAUAAUAUUUUGGAUUCCUAUGAGAUGUUCAAUUUGCAAUCAAAAGCUGUGAAAAGAAAAGCUACUAUAGAAAACAUAAACACACAGAAUUCUAGGGAUUCAGAAGCUAUCAGAAAAGAUACAAACAAUUCAUUUUUGUACACUUAUGAAUCAGAUGGCCGAGGCCAUAGUAAAAGGACAGAGUCAUCUAUACAAAACAAAGAUAGCUCUUGCUCAGACUCAAGGAUGUUAGAACAAGAGACAAUUGAAGCAACAGAACCAGGAGGAAAUGAGAAACAUAAAAAAUCUUGCUUAGAACGUGACUCUUUAGAAAAUCCAUGUGGGACCUGUUCAGAAAUGUUUCCAAGCCCUUUUCAGACACCACGUCACUUCGAGGAGAGUGGAAUGGAUCGAGAAAUACAGAAAGUAGGUACCACUGUUAAUGGCGUGGCUGCCAACAUCUUCAAAAAUAAUAGAAUUCAGAAUCCACUAGGGAGAUUUAAAGAUACCACUGAAAUGGGAUGCCAACCUCUGCCUUUUGAGACAACAUUACUGAGAGUACAUAGUGCUCAGAUAGAGAAAGAGAAAAGAAGAAAAGAACCUAGUAAUUGUGGACGAAUAAACGUUUUUCGUUAUGGACAGGUUAAAUUAUGUUCCACUGGCUUUAUAACUCAUGUGGUACAAAAUGAGCAAACUAAAUCAACUGAAACAGAACAGUCAUUUAAAAAUUAUGUUCGACCUGGUCCCACAAGUGCCCAAGAAGCAUUUGGAAAUAGAACACGUCAUUCAGUUGAAACUCCAGACAUCAUAGAUUUAGCCAGCACUUUAAGUAAAGAAUCUGCUCAACUGCCCAACAAAAAAUUUUGCAGAACAAAUAUAAGUUAUGGGCUAGAGAAGGAAACUAUCACAACUUCUAAAAAUGUUACUGUUUUUCAGGAAGGUAGUAAAAAAUCACACACAGGUUGCUUAUUACCUGAUACAUCCUCUGCUUUCCCUUGGUAUAGACAUUUGUCAAAUGCUAGUAAGAAAACAGAUAAAUUGAUUGGUUCCUCCAAACCCAUAGUGUGUAAGAAGCUAAGCUUGAGUUCACAACUAGGAUCUUUAGAGAAGUUUAAGAGAGAAUAUGGAAAGGUUAAAAAUCCUCUGGACAUACAAGUGGAGAAAAAUAAUAUUGAAGUCACUACCAAUCUCAGUCCUCAAGUUGAACCUGACAUUCCAGUGAAAGAUAAGAGCCACUUAGACAACUCUGAUAUUUAUAAAAUCACUACUGUGGAGCAUAAUGAUUCCAAUAGUAGUCAACCAGUAAGUCACAUGCUUUACUCAGAGAAGUUUCCGUUUUCCAAGGACGAAGAUUGUUUGGAACAACAGAUGCCUUGUUUGAGAGAAAGUCCUGUAAUUCUACAGGAGUUAUGUCACUUUAAAAGAAAACUUUUGGAUCUUGAGAAGUUACCUGAAUCACUAGCCUCUAAAUUAUCCAGACUGAAGGGUUCUGAGAAAGAGACUCAAACAGUGGAGGUGACGAGUCAUUUUAAUGAACUUCCAAAUUCAGAUUCCAGUAGGAAAGGUUUGUGCCGUGAAUUAACCCUAGAUUUUUGUAAGUUAUUUAAAAAUGAGCAUAAAAAAACAGAGCGUGGUAUCAUCCCAGUGUCAGAUUCUGUCACACAGGAUAAUUCCUUUAAUACAGAUGGUGAAACAUAUUCUAACAACAAUGCAAUAGACAACUCUGUGAUUCCAGAAACUCCUUUGGUAUUACCCUAUACUACUAAUGCAACAGAGAACUCUGUCAUUCCAGAAACCCCUUUGGUAUUACCCUAUAAUACUAAUGCAACAGAGAACUCUGUCAUUCCAGAAACCCCUUUGGUAUUACCCUAUAAUAAUUCUAAAGUUAUCAGUAAAGAUUCGGAUGUUCCUAUCAGAGCUUCAGAACAACAGAUAGGAAGUCCUGACUCUCCCAGUAGAAUGUUAAUGAGUCAGGUAGAAGGUUCCACGGGAGACCAAAAUGGAAUUUGUUUUCACAACAAGGAAUCUAAAGCAAGAACUUGUUCUGAAAAUGAAGACUCAAACACGUGUUCUUUGGAUUGGCAGCAGCAUUUUGAUGCAGCCCUGGGAAGAAUGGUUUACAUCAACAAAAGGACUGGACUUAGCACGUUCAUUGCUCCUACUGAGGAUGUUAAGACCGCUUGCACUAGAGACCUGACAACUGUAGCUGUGGAUGUCGUACUUGAGAAUGGGUUUCAAUACAGGUGUCAUCCUUUUAGAAGCAGCCUUGUUCUUCCUUUCCUUCCAAGAGCGCGGGCAGAGAGGACUGUGAUGAGACAGAAUGACAGAGAUACAGUGGAUGUCGCUGUUGGUAGUGGAUCACUUCAGUCUUUAUUCUCAGAAUGGGACAAUCCAGUAUUUGCCCGUUAUCCAGAGGUUGCCGUUGAUGUAAGCAGUGGCCAGGCUGAGAGCUUAGCAGUUAAAAUUCACAACAUCUUGUUUCCCUAUCGUUUCACCAAAGAAAUGAUUCAUUCGAUGCAGGUUCUCCAGCAAGUUGACAACAAGUUUAUUGCCUGCUUGAUGAGCACGAAGACCGAAGAGAGUGGCAAGGCAGGUGGAAACCUGCUGGUCUUGGUGGAUCAACAUGCCGCGCACGAGCGUGUCCGCUUGGAGCAGCUCAUCAUCGAUUCCUAUGAGAAGCAACAGCCACAAGGCACUGCUCGGAAAAAAUUACUGUCUUCCACUCUCAUUCCUCCACUGGAGAUAACAGUGACAGAGGAACAAAGGAGACUCUUACGGUGUUACCACAAAAACCUGGAAGAUCUGGGCCUUGAAUUGAUAUUUCCAGACACUAGUGAUUCUUUGGUCCUUGUGGGGAAAGUACCACUCUGUUUUGUAGAAAGAGAAGCCAAUGAACUUCGAAGAGGAAGAUCUACCGUGACCAAGAGUAUUGUGGAGGAAUUUAUUCGAGAACAAGUGGAGCUACUCCAGACCACAGGAGGCAUCCAAGGGACAUUGCCACUGACUGUCCAGAAGGUGUUGGCUUCCCAAGCCUGCCAUGGGGCCAUUAAGUUUAACGAUGGCCUGAGCCUGGAGGAGAGCUGUCGCCUUAUUGAAGCUCUGUCCUGGUGCCAGCUCCCGUUCCAGUGUGCUCAUGGGAGACCUUCCAUGCUGCCGUUGGCUGAUAUAGACCACUUGGAGCAGGAAAAACAGAUUAAACCCAAUCUUGGUAAACUUCGCAAGAUGGUCCAAGCUUGGCAUCUCUUUGGAAAAGCAGGAUGUGAUACAAGGCAGAGCCUGCAGCAGUCCAUGCCUCCCUGUGAACCACCGUGAGAAUAGAAUUACUACAAGGAACCAAAGGGAUGUUAACUAUAUGCCCCCAGAGCAGCAAGGAGGAGCAGGUACUAGCACAACCUUGCCUGAAUCAGCCCAGUACACCCAGCAACUUCAGGUCGGCAGGGCCCUUCAUGUCAGUCUUUCUUGAGCAGAUGAUCCUGCUAUAGUGGAGUAGCAGAUGGAACUUAAGUUUACAGACAGUUCAUUCCUUUGCAUCCAUGGACACAGGAGAUUGCCAUAUAAUAUCUACCUUUUGCAACAUAUUUAGCGAUAAAAUUAAAUUAUUAAUUGUCUGAUUG